AUGAAUUUUACAAAAAUUGUUUUUAAUUUUGCUAAAUAGAACUUUAGAAUUGUAGAAGCUGAAAAAUUAAUCUUUGAUAAAACGAAUAAAAGUCUAAUCUAUAGAUUGCACAAUGGUGAAAACUAAUUAUAAUGGUGCUUAAGAGGAUUAAGUUUUUUCACUGCAUUAAAUUGUAUUCUGGCUUCUUAAGAAUACAUUUAGCCAAUUUUUGGAGGAUGGAAUUGUGCCUCAUAUACUUUAUGCACAGUAGUAGGUUUUGCAGGUUUAAUUUUCUUAAAAAUAUUCUCAAAAAGAACAAUUCACGAACUAAGACUUUUGAAAACAGGUGAUUUUGUAGAGAUCAAAUACUUCAAUGCAUUUUGGACUCCAAGAAUCUAAACUGUUCAUGUUAGCGAGUUUGCAAAUCUCACAGAAUCCUAUUUUAAUUAUCAUAAAGUAGAUUUAACAAGUGUUGGCAAAGUUUGGAUAAAUAUUGAGAAGAAUGAGUUUGCAGAAUAGUUUUAAGACUAAAGUGUUUUAAUGUAAAUAUUAUCUGGAGUUCCCAUAAGGUUGGACUAAUCAAAAAAAAUAAAAAAAUAAAUUGUUUGA